AUGACGCCUGAUCCACCCGAUGAUGAUAAAUGUCAAGUAUCCAUGUGUCAUCAAACACAUUUUACUUAUUGCCCACAUUGUAAAUUAUUUGUAUGCAUAGAACAUCUUAAUGAACAUUAUUCAAAUUACAGACAGGAAUACCAAUUAUUAUUAAAUGAUGGAAAACAACAGCAGAUAUUAAAUAAACAGUUUAUAGAUGAGCUUGAAAACGAAAAAAGCAAAUUAAUCAAUUUUUUUGAUAGUGAAAAAAGAUACUAUGAUAUGAAUGAUAAAUAUUUUCAUGAUAAAACAGUACAAAUAACAGUACGACCACAAGAUUGCGCAGAUUUACGUUUGCAUAUCUUACAAUCAUCAGAAAAAAGAUUAAAAUUUAAGAAAUUUAUGCAUCAAAUAGAACAGCUGAUUAAUGACUACGAAUAUCAUCAACCAAGUGGAAUUAGCGAUGAAACUUCUAGUUCAUUAAUGCAAGUUAAGAGUGAAGAAAUAAUUCCUAGGCCUGAAAUAAAUAAAUCAUCACCAUUAGCACAAUUUUCUAUUGAUUAUGAAGAAAUCGAUGAUGAUGAACAACAACAGCAGACUACUCAUGAUCAUGCUGCGAAUAAUAAACAGGAGAUAUCCAACAUUCCAAAUGGUACAAAUUUCAGUGCAACCAAGGAGGUUAAAAAAGGUUUGACUAUAUCAAGCAACAAAGAUGUUCCUGAUGAAUCUAUUCAUUCAGAUGAAGAUAUUGUUGAAGAAGAUGAGGGUGACAAUGAUAAUCUUGGUUCUGAUCCAGAUUUCGGUAAUGAACAUCGAUCAAUUAAUAUAAAUGGACGUCGGAAAAAAGAUAAUUCAUCAACGAGACCAAUUGUAAAUCAUUUUCAAGUGAGCCUAUGUCCGUUAGCAAAUAAAUUGUAUGGCAUAGAUUUGAAUAAGCAUCCAUUACGACAUGUACCAUGCACACGUAACAAUAUAUCAUCAAUUUAUUUAUUUACACAUUUACGUGUUUUCCAUUGUCUAAGUUCAAAAGCUUCAUUGCGUCUUGUGCGUCAUAUAAUGUAUCAUGGUUGUGAACAUAACUAUGAUCUUUUUUCCCAAUCGAGAGAAUCACUUGUGAAUAUUUUACCAAAAUCUUAUCGUGGUAGUUGUCCGUUAACAAAAUUAGGAGCAUUUGGUCUCAAUAAAUAUCAUGAUAUAAGAUUAUGUGAUGAAACUCAAACAAAUGAAAAUACGGGUCUAUUAAAUCAUUUAGUUGUUUAUCAUUGUCUUUCAUAUCCAUGGGCUAAUAAAUUAUGUAAUGCAGUUCAAGCAGGCGACUCUGAUGGUAGUAAACAAAUCUUAUUUAAACCAAAUGAACCAAUAAAAGCUAAAAAAUGGUUAACAACACAGGGAAAACUAAUUCUUGCUAAACGUUAUUCAACAAUACAAAAACGAAAAAAAUUAAUAGCUAAAAAAAGGAAAAAAUAA